AUGACCAGUACCCCGCCACCAUGUCAAUUAUUAUUCCAGUUCGCCGUCGGUGCGGACUUGGUCUUCAGCGUCAACGAUCUGCCGGGUUCAAACGGGACUCGAUAUCAAGCCAUCCGGAUACUGAUUGCACAUUGGAAGAACCUCGACAGGCUGUAUGAUUUCCGCUUUGAAUUGGCGAAAAGCGAUCACGGCGAUGAGCCGGCGCCUCAAUCUCCGCGUGUUACUACAGGUCGGCCCGCUAUUAUCGUGUUUUCCUGGAAGCUUUUGAAAAGCCUCCCGUCAAAAGGCCAGAAGAGGAUCGUCGCUUUCCGGACUCAAACUCGCGGAUUCCGCCCGUCACCGGAGGAUCUUGCGGAAUAUCAACGCGAAAUGGAUGUGAUGUUGAAUCGGCUAAUCGAUACCUUCAAUAUCUCACCACACCUACAUACCCUGUACAGGCAGAAUAUCAUCCAG